GCCCGCGUGUGCCGGGCGCAGGAGCGAGCGGGGCACGGGCAGCUGGCGCAACUGGGUGGCGUGUUGGUGCUGGCCGGGAGCAACCGCUCCGGGGCCGCCUCCGGGGAGGCCGGCGAGGGCGUGGGGGUCUCCGACGCGCCCCCGACCCGGGCGCCCACGCCAGACUUCUGCCGGGGCUACUUCGAUGUCAUGGGCCAGUGGGACCCGCCGUUCAACUGCAGCUCGGGCGACUUCAUCUUCUGCUGCGGGACUUGUGGCUUCCGGUUCUGCUGCACGUUUAAGAAGCGGCGACUGAACCAGAGCACCUGCACCAACUACGACACGCCGCUCUGGCUCAACACGGGCAAGCCCCCGGCGCGCAAGGACGACCCCCUGCACGACCCCACCAAGGACAAGACCAACCUGAUCGUCUACAUCAUCUGCGGGGUGGUGGCCGUCAUGGUGCUCGUGGGCAUCUUCACCAAGCUGGGGCUGGAGAAAGCGCACCGGCCCCAAAGGGAGCACAUGACCAGGGCCCUUGCAGAUGUCAUGAGGCCACAGGGCCACUGCAACACCGACCAUAUGGAAAGAGACCUAAACAUCGUUGUGCACGUCCAGCAUUAUGAAAACAUGGAUACACGGACCCCCAUCAAUAACCUUCACGCCACCCAGAUGAACAACGCAGUGCCCACCUCUCCUCUGCUCCAGCAGAUGGGCCACCCACACUCAUACCCUAACCUGGGCCAGAUCUCCAACCCCUAUGAGCAGCAGCCNCCGGGCAAAGAGCUCAACAAGUACGCCUCCCUAAAGGCAGUCGGAAGUUGUGAUGGUGACUGGGCAGUGGCGACACUUAAGUCACCCAAAGCCGACAAGGUCAGUGAUGACUUCUACUCCAAGCGUCGGCACCUGGCCGAGCUGGCUGCCAAGGGGAACCUACCUCUGCACCCCGUGCGAGUGGAGGAUGAGCCCCGGCCCUUCAGCCCGGAGCACGGUCCAGCUAAACAGAAUGGACAGAAGUCCCGCGUCAGUAAGAUGCCUGCACAUCCGCUAGCCUACAACACCACCACCGCCAACUUUAAGGGCUGGGACCCCAACGAGCAGUCCCUCCGGCGGCAAGCUUACGGCAACAAGGGCAAGCUGGGCACGGCCGAGUCGGGCUCUAGCGAUCCCUUAGGAACUCGCACCCAGCACUACCCGCCCCCACAGCCAUACUUCAUCACCAAUAGCAAAACAGAAGUGACUGUCUGAGCUUUCCUUAAAGGGACCAUCCUGGAGACCACACUCAACUGAGAGAGGCAAAAAAUCCCCUGCCCACACCCUUCCUGCCCUCACCCCACACAUGCGCCCACACGCACUCUCCACAUGGACCGAUCGCAGACCUGCUGAGGACAUGGAAUCACGCUUUUCCUGCGUCAUGCCUGACAGACACAUGCUGGUGGGUAGCCGAGGCAGAUGGAAGCAAGGGCAUUCAGCAAUACAGCAAAGGGGCGUCUGAAGCACACCCUUGCAGCUUCAGGCCCAAGGCGGCCACACACAUGCCCUAACUAUGGGGCUCAGUUUUCUUUUCUUCCAACUGGAAAGCAAAAUCCAUGAUGAAACACAAACAAACAAAAGUAGCACAAUUUAGAGAAAUUGACCAGUUGAGCACAUACACUUUUGGCCAUGCCUGUCAAUUUCUGGGGCUUCACCACAGGGGGAAUGCAAAGCAAGGGUCCCCCCCCCAAAGAAUACUUAUUUAAGGAAGAAGGUGUGUGCACAUAAGAUGCAUCUUCUAAUCCGAGAAUCAAGCAGACAGCUUUAUCGAGAGUGAGACAGUCACCGGACCCCAACCAUCCUAUUUACAGAACUCUUCAUCAACGUUGAAAGCAAAAAAACAACACAGAGACAUACAUGCAUUCCAAACAUAACGUGACUGAACCCAGCAAGGGAAGGAAGGCAAGGAGCUCUCCCGAAAGACCGUGACCCUGGAUAUGGGGCAGGAUGGGCUUCUCUGGUGCAGGGAGGGCCCGGUGGGUCUAAAAGGGGGAAAAAAAAGUAGGAAUAUAAAAUGAUAUGCCCUCAACAAAAUAAGUGUAGAAACUAUGCCCGAGAACUUGAAGACCUUAGAACUCAACAGUGUCAUCCACAACAACAAAAAUCCGUCGUGGGAAAAGGCUCCCGGAGGUGAGCUGAGAACCCCGAGGGAAGUGUUUGGUUCCCAGCAGAUUUCCCUCGCCUCCGAGACAGGACACAGGACACACACAGAAGCGAGUCCUCUCUGGGCUGUCCCUGACUUUCCCACCCCUCAGCGCAUUGCUGCCGCUGCCGCCGAACUUCACCUGCUUUGGACUGAAGAUGGCUUAAGCGUGGGUGGUGCCUUCGAUGUGUUACUGUUGUUUAUGACAGUCUUGUUUCCCAAGCGCAACCUGUGUUUUUCCAGCCUUCCUCCAUCCUGUUUUUCUGCAGUUAGCAAGUGUGUAAUGUCCAUACUUCCUCCCCAAGGUGAGCCUACCCAUCCACCCUCUAAGGGGGCUGCUGCAAAGCCAGGGGUACCUAAGGAGAAGACCUUCUGCCUACUCCCCACCCUGUAAGCAUCCUACGAGGCUGGCCAUUUUGUAGCCUCAGAGCCUGGCUUAUAUUUCUGGGCCCUGUCAUUCCAUAGCCCCUCCAAGCCAGCCCUCCCAAGUACAUCAACACAUUUGUCUCUCAUCUAGAAUUUCCUGAAGGGAUCGAUAGCCCUUGCUUGUUCCAAGAAUGACUAGUUCCUACGAGUUGUGUUUGUUUAGUGGAAGCCUGAAGAGGGGAGUUGAGAGAGGAGACUUUCAGCCAAGAUGAGCAGCUUUCAGUCAUUCCCUAAGGGUCUAAGCUAAGGAGCUCUGGUGGGACAGAGGUUACACCCUCAGCAACGAACAGAAAGGUUGGCAGUUCACACCCACCUAACUGCUUCAUAGGAGAAAGACCAAGUGAUCUCCUCCCCAAAGGAUUACAACCUAGAAAGCCCUAAGAGGGCGUUCUACUCUGUCCCCGGGGUCUCCAAGAGUUGGAAUUGACUCGACACCACCCAACAACA